CCUCUGCAGACACACAGCGGGCGCUGACUGGAGGAAAAAAAAAGAUUUUUUUUUAAUUUUAUCUCCGGUUCGCCGGAUUGUUCAGAGAACAGGGAUGUUGGAACUGGAGAGGGCGUGGUGUUUGCGGAUGGAAAUGUCUCUCUGUGGUUCUGCCCGCGAUGGAACUCAGACCGAGUGAUUUAUUCUGGGCGCUAGUUUGUACUUUGCAGGUGACAGUCAUCUCCCAGACCGGAGCUGAGUUUUGAAGAAAUAUAUCAGUGUUAUUUCUGCAUCAAAUCCAAGUGGUUGGAGGGAGGUUGAGGUGAUUUUGUUUGCUUGAUCGGAGCCACUCGGUGCGAGAGACAGUUUCAGCACCUUGGACAGCGAUGGCUUGGCCGUGCAUUAGCCGGGCGUGUUGUAUCGCUCGGUUCUGGAACCAGUUGGACAAGGCUGAUAUCGCCGUGCCCUUGGUAUUCACAAAAUACUCCGAGGUUACCGAUGGAUCUACUCCCCAUCAUCAAUUCCGAGCCCCAGGGAUCGACGCCCAGCCCGUGGGAGGCGAUCAAGAUUCUAUUGCAAAGACGACCGAGGCAUCUGAAGUGGUGACAGAAGCCGCGUUGGCACCGGGGAGCAUCAGACCAGGAUCGAGGCGAGAGUCGGUCAUGAGGCAGGACUACCGUCCCUGGAAGGUACGCCCCGAGCCCAGCUGUAAGCCGAAGCAGGAGUACACGCCGACCGACACGCCCUUUGAGAAAGAGACACAGUACAAGAAGGAUUUCAAGGCUUGGCCCAUCCCCAAGAGAAGUGACCAGCACCCUUGGAUUCCCAAGGGGGAGAGAGGGAGCCAGACCCCAGUGCCCGGUGGAGAGGAGCCAGGGGGCUCAGCGGUGUUGCCAUCGGCUAGAACAGCAGCGGGGCAGGAGCAGGCAAAGGGCAAAGUGGCAGAUGCUCUAAACAGGCAGAUCAAGGAGGAGAGAGGGACGGCCACCUCUUACAGGAAUGAGUUCAGGGCCUGGACAGUGGACGUCAAACCCACAAAGGCCAUCAAACCCAAGCAAACGUACCACCCACCAGAAGCCAAGGUUGCCCAUGAAACCAGUUACAACACCACCUUCAGGGGCCAGUUCAGCAAACGGGCAGAGAUUAUCAGACCAGGUACAUCGGACACCAAGGUUCCUGAACGCAGAAGGGUACGCAGCCUCUACAGUGAAUUCUACAGAGAGCCAGCCAAGCCGGAGAAGCCCAGCGUCCAGACGUCGAAGCCAAAAAAACCAUCGAGCCAUAAAGCGCCCCGAAAAGCCAAAGAGAAACACAGCACAUCCAGCCGGGCUGCGAAGAAAAAGGCAGCAGAGAACACACCAGCUCCCAAGCCCGAGGAAGGAGAGAAGACCCAGGAGAUCAACAACAAGUUAGCAGAGGCUAAAGAGUGAUACUGCCAACACUUCCGUAACUGGGGCCACUGGAGACCGAUCAGACCUUUUUCCAUCAGACAAAGGCAGCCCUCUAUCACACAAGAUCAAUAGUUCAGAGUAUUUAUUGACAAUACUGCAUCAGCCAAUAGAUGGGGGUGACUCAGUGUAUGACUCACAGCCUCUUGAGAAACAAUGUUAAUUCAUUCAGAAAACAGAUUCCAUUCAAAGAACAAAAACUACAGCCACCUCUCCCGAUAAAAGCAGGGUAAUUUCUCCAGGAGGAUACAGUGACUGGAGGAUUGUUAGAUCUAAAUUAUGCCCAUAAAAUCAAUCUUGCUUACUUACAACAGGGUGGAUACCAAACUUGAUUGACAGGGGGAAUUACCCAAUCAUUUCCACACUGGCCGACCGUAAGAUUGUCAAUAAAUGUAGCCUAGAUCAACACAGAACAGAAGGGCCCAAUUCAUCACAAUAAUCGUUUUUAUGUAUUGGAUAGUUGGCUCUUUCCUCUCCUCCCCACCUCCCAACCCUCAAACCCCAUCCCUCCCUGCCCAGUAUAUGUCUGAACGUAUCUGCGUACAGUCCACAUACAGCAGAAUGUCACUGGUGGAAUUGGUACUGAUCAUCACCACACUGGCACCACUGAGAACAAAAGACGAUCAAUAAUAACUAAUUAACAGUGGAGAGUAGAGAGUAGCACCAGAUUUCCAUGGAGCAGUCUUGGGCUCUGGUCCUUCUCACAGUUCCACAUAUAAACCACUCAAACUCCUGUUUCUAUCGCAGACAGGAUCACUUAAUCUUUUCCUCAACUCAAACUAUUUCCCUCUCAAUAAUAGAUAGUAUCUCCAACUCACUUCCAUUCUAUAUACACAUCCCGCAAACCCUUCACUUCCAGAAAUCUAUUAUUCUGCAUAUAAUAAAACCCAAGCCCCUUGAUUAAAUUCCGAUCUGCAACUCACUCUCAGGUAUGAUAUUCUGUAUAUAAACUCCCCAAACCCCUCGACUAGAUUCCGGUCUAUAACUCGUUGCAAAGUAUCUGUUAUCCUCUAUAUUAGCCAACUCUUCUCUGGGACCCAGAAGGCACAAUUGUCACUAGCUUUAUAGUGAACAAAAGUCCUCAUUCCAGUUCAUCCCCUGCCUCAGCCCAGCUGCAGGGUUUUGACCUGAAACGUCGACUAUUCCUUUCCCCCCCUAGAUGCUGCUCGACCUGCUGAGUCCCUCCAGCAGACUGUUUGUUGCUUAAGGUCUACAUUUCCCUGGUUUGUUAAAAAAAGAAAGGGGCCAGUUGAAGAUAGAAGCUAGUCUGAUUAGGUCUUCUUAUGGUCAAAAGAAUCAUUGGAAACUGUACAGUACAGGAGAUUACUUGGCCCAUCUAACCUGUAGAGCAGUCUAGUCAGUCUCACUCCCCCUCCUACUGUCCUGCAUAUUCUUUCCUUGGAUAUUUAUCCAGAUCCCUUUGGAAUGCUACAAUUAAGUUUGCACCACACCACUCCUCUCGGCUGUAUAUCCCACACCCCAACCACUCACUAGGUGAAAAAAUUGAUCCUCCUGUCAAUAUUAGCUCUUCUACCAAUCACCUUCAUUGACUUGGCUUCAUUUUCAACCUGUGUCACUUGGUGCCAAAUCCAAAGACGGGGUGAAGGGGCAGGACAGGAGGGGGCUGUGGGCUGGGAGGGUGGGGGGAGGGAACGAAUUGCUGUUUGUAAGGUCACCCCAAUUGGGACCCAGUUUUGCCGGUCCGACUGCCUGAGCUGGUGAGGACCUGCUGCAGCUGAGAGCAGGGAGGAAGCUUGGUUUAGCGUCCGGACUGGACUGAGCCCAUCGACAGCCUGAGCAUUGACCAGAGGAGGGGGUGCAUAUUCUGAUGUAAAAUUAACUCGUGUGUAGGUUGUGUUAGAUGUGCACGGGGACACACACGCCAAUCACUCAUGUGACCUACCUACCUACCUAUUCACAUACACAGACCUGUGUGUGAGCCCACACACUAAUACGAAUGUAGCAUGAAAGCAUGUCUGCACACAUACACACACGUCCCUCACACGGAUAUGAGCAUGUAUGAACAGAUGCUCGCACACACACGCGCGCACGCACACACACACACACACACACACACACACACACACACACACACACACACACACACACACACACACACACACACACACACACCUCACCGCACUUACUUUGAUCACGUAGUCCUCCCGAAUGUUUUACGAACUGGUGGGAAGACUCUCGUCGAUGUCCCCUGCUCCAGGCCUGGGAGCUGUCUCUCUGCUGACCGGGUCUCAGGUGCGUCACACUUGGUCGUGUUUCAGUCAUGUUGUGGUGGUGGGAUUGAUCAAUUACUGUCAGUGUGUAGCUCCCGAUUGUGAUGUGAUUUGUGAACUUUGCUUGCAGUUAUUUACCAAUAA